AUCUUGUUCACCUUAGGCUUGAGUAGCUCUUAGAUUACUGAGUGGAUUUAUGUAUACUUGAAGUAACUGAUUGUCUUUAGUCACUGGAUAGUUCAUUAUCUGCACCUUUGUUUACAAGAUGAUUGAUCUUUCUCAAUGGAGAGCAAGUAUUGGCCUGUGGAGUUGCUGUUUAGCUGCUGGUAGAUCUACUAGCAGUGGACCUGCUACUAGCUCCUCAUUUAAACCUCACAGUACAUCCUCACUAGGCAAGAGAUGUGAUCUAGCUACUGCUUUGGCUCUUUCUCAUGUUUUUCUGAUGAUCAUUUUACUGAUGAACCAUUUCAUUCAUUUAAUAGGAAUUAUUUCUUAUUACUGCUACUCCCAACUGCAUUAUACAACUGGUACUGCAGUCAAGCAAGUACUCUACUCGUUGAUGCUGCUACACUUUGCUGUGUACAGUACUAACAUGACCAGCUCCUCUUUUUAUUUGAUAAUAUUCCUCCUCCUCCUCUUAUCAGGAGACAUUGAACUCAACCCAGGCCCUGGUAAUCCAAGGGAAGUGUUACAGAUCCAUUCUUAUGAUCUCACCCGAACUGUUGCCUCUAAUUGUUAUGAACUAACUAGUGCACUAUAUGCCAAAGACUUGAUACCACACGGAACAAAAGAAGAGAUAAUAACCACAACUGCUUUAUCUAACGACCAAAGAGCCGCCCGACUUGUAUUGGCUAUUGAAGGAAGAUUGGAAUCCUCUUUAGAUCAACAACAGUACCUGAUUAAUAUCUGUGGUGUAUUACGAAAUCAAAGAGAUCGUCAGUUGAAAGAUAUUGCUAAGUCUAUAUUGCAUCAAUUAGGUCAAUCUACAGUCACUCCUAUGGGAACAUCCCAUGCAUCUCUAAGUAGUUCAAUGGAGCAUACUAGUACUAUUGCUAAGUGUUGGCAGUGGUUUUGUAAAAUGAUGUGCAGAAAUAAUAAUAAUGAGCAGCCUAGGCAAGAACAAGGAAUCAUUGAAUUACAACAAACAAAUCUUACUGUCAGCCAACCAACCUUAGGACAGUCUGUACAGUCAUUGGUACAUGAUUAUACUGAUACACCAUCCUUUGUUGAUUCUGAUAUAGAAGAGUCAGUACAGUCAUUGGUACAUGAUGAUACUGAUACACCAUCCAUUGCUGAUUCACUUCAUCAUGAUUCACACUUGGUUGAACCAGUUCCUAAUGAUGUGCUGGAAUAUGCUGAAAUUAUGAGACAAAAGUACAACGCUGAACUGAUUGUUGCUACCGACUGGCCCCCUCGAGUUGGGAAAGACUUUUUUGGAAGAUUAGCACUAGUAGAGAAGGAUCGAUUUGUUUCGCAAGUAGAAACAGCUUGGUAUCUGCUAAGGGGUCAAAUUGAUAGGAUACCUAGAUUGCAUGGUAAUAGAGAAAUAACAGUUAAAAAUAUUUUAGCACCCUCAAAAAAUAAAGAUUCUCUAAGAGUAGUAAUAGACGGUCCUCCUGGUAUUGGCAAGACAACACUCUGUCGUAAACUGUUAAACAUGUGGUCCAAUGGAUCACUUGUACAUCAGCACUAUGACCUGGUACUUUACUGUCCUUUAAGGAAUGCUAAGAUUGCUGAAGCAAAAACAAUUGCUGACUUAUUUAUAUAUCGAAGUAGUGCACAUGCCAUGUCCUCCAUAGCUGAAUGGUUUGAAAAUAAUCAUGGUAAAGGAUUAUUGAUAUUUUUUGAUGGUUGGGAUGAAUUAAGUGAGCAAUUCAGGCAGUCCUCAUUAGCUACUAGCAUCAUCCACAGAGAAAUGCUAUUUCAUUGCUCAGUUAUUGUUACCUCUCGUAGCUAUGCUUCCUCUUCACUUUUAGAAAUGUCUUCCCUUAGCAAACACAUACAAGUUUGUGGAUUUUCAGAGAAACAAAUAGCAAAUGUGAUAAGAGAAACACUUGAGGAUUCUGUUGAUUCACAUCUAGCAAUGAAACUCAUUAACGAUCUUGAAAUACGAGGUGAUGUUAAAUCAUUGUGUUAUGUACCACUAGUCUGUUCCAUGGUUAUCUUAGUUUAUCGUAAAGAAGGAGGACACUUACCAACAACGCUCACUCAACUGUAUGAGAACUUUAUCCUACAAACUAUCAGAAGACAUGUUAAAAGACAUGACAUUAACCCACGUACUUUAGGUAGUCUUUCUUCAUUACCUCCAGAGUUAGCAAAACAUUUUCUGGAAUUGUGUCGAAUUGCUUAUACUAACUUGGCCAGUACACAAAUGACAUUCUCUUCACAUCAACUACAGUCACUGAGUGAGGAAGACUAUCUUGGAUUGAUGACGACUUUCAUGGAAUAUGACGAGGAGAAGUAUCAGUUCCUUCACUUGAGUAUACAGGAAUUUCUAGCUGCAUGGUGGAUAGCUAAGCAUGAGGAGAAAAAGUGUUAUUUUUACUGUCAUAUUGAAGCCCAUUACAACACUUAUUUGAUAUUAUUACAGUUAUUCAAAUUUUCACAGCUGAAAAUAUUGCAUUUUCAUUUAAUAUCGAACAGUCCCGAGUUUGCAGUAGCAAAUAAACCAAUUGAUGCUAGUAUGGAACUUGAAAACUGUAUAGAAAAAAACACAACAGUACAAGAAAUGAGAAUUAAAACAAAUCAUGAUGCAUUUUUAGAUACUGUUACUGCUGUCAUUAAAGGUGUGACAAAGAAUAAAACUAUAACAUCAUUUCGUGUUCAUUUAUAUUCGACCAAUAUACCAGAAGGAAUAUUUGAGCAGUUACUAAUAAAGAAUACUACAAUAAAAGCUUUAUCACUGAACGUAGGCAGUUCUUCUUUACUGCAUACACAGGAUAGUGAUACACCAUCACUAAAAAUAAAGGAGAUAAAUAUGCCAUUGAAAGCUUUAGAGAUACGAGGUUUUACAACAUCACAGCCACUCCUUCCACAAGGUGAUGGAUUACACUGUCUGAUACAUGUACAGCCUUAUUCACACCCAUUGCAACUUAUAUUUUCAUCUCAUCCAAAUCUUUGUGUACUUGAAGUAUCAUUGGAUACAGAGGAAAGUGUUUGUGAGCUUUUAACCAUUCUACAAAACAAUACUACACUUAAAGCUUUGAAAGUGAACAUAACAAUAUUAACUACAAAUGUUUAUAUCAAUGUACAGAACAUGUUGAGGCUUAACCAAACACUUUCAUACUUUGAGAUUUUUGGUCAGAAUGAGCACAGUUAUUAUACCUUAUAUUAUUUCCCACCAUCAUAUAUCAAAUACAAUACCAGUCUACAGAGUGUACAUAUUUCAAUUUCAACCACUGAGGAGGUGAAAUCUGCAUUUGAUGCCAUUUCUCAUAUGAAAUAUCUUACAGAGAUAAACUUUGAGCUAGAUUCACAAGUUAAUGGGACACACUUUAUUCUUGCUGUUAUGGGCAUGUUACAAUCAAGUACAACCAUCAGGCAAUUGAGGAUAAAAUGUACUAAAGAUAAUGAUUUCCUUCUAUCCAUUGAUCAUUGGAGAGAAACAACACAGCAUUUCUAUGAAACUGUAUUCACUCAUCCCUCAAUUGAAUAUAUCCAGAUCGUUGCCAAAGAUGAAAAAGAAAUUCUAAAUGAUUUCCUUGAAGAACACAAAAGGUUAUUGCUUAGUAAACAUGAACAGGAACAGCCUUACAGACAGUUACCAAUAGUGAUUCAUUCUUAUUCUUGA